AUGGGUUUUGAAAAUAACUUAACCAGUGUUACAAAUCAUACAAAUACUACAACUACAACCACUACAACCACUACCACUAAUAAUAAUAAUAAUAAUAAUAAUAAUAAUAAUAAUAAUAAUAAUAAUAAUAAUAAUAAUAAUAAUAAUAAUAAUAAUAAUAAUAAUAAUAAUAAUAAUAAUAUUAAUAAUAAUAAUAUUAAUAAUAAUAAUAUUAAUAAUAACAAUAUAGAUAUAAAUGAUAUAAAUAGAAUUGAUGAAAAUGAAAUAAUUAUUACAUCAAAUAAUGAAGAUAAUUCAACAUCUAUAGAAAUGGAUUCAAUGAUGAUAAAAGAUAAAAAUGUAGUAAUAAUAAAAAAUAAAAUAGUAUUAUAUGCAGAUGAAGAAGGUAUAAUAGUAACUCCAUAUCCAUUUGAAUUAUCACAUAUUGUUGGAAGUUAUCAAUUUCAUCAAAUCAUUGAAAACAUUAAUAAUUUAUCAUUAUACAAUAAUAGAUUCUUUGGAUGGUCAAUGAUGUUAUUAUUAGCAAUUGGUUUUGCAUGUUUAAUAAUUGCAAUAAUUGUGAAAUUCAGUGUGCAUCAUGUUGGUGUACCAAUUCCAACUGUUGUAUUAUGUGUGGUUGCUUUUAUUUGUUUUACUGUUUUUACUUUAAUUCCAGCCAUAAAAAUUAAAAAGAGAUUAAAAAAACAAAAAAAAUAUUUCAAAGAGUUGAAUGAAUUAUUUAAAGAUGAAGGUGUUACAUUUAAAGGUAAAUUUGAUAAAAGAGGUAAAGGUUGCAAUGAAAAAUUACCAUCAAAAAAUUUAGUUAGUCUUACCAUUGAUUAUCCAACUCUAUCAAAUAAUUAUUUAAAUAAUGGAUCAGGUUUUCCAUUAAUUUAA